AUGGUCCUAAUCAUUCUCACGCACAAGGCCGGUGGCCUGGUCUUCAAGGGCGCUGGCACCCGUUUGCUGGCGAACUCUCGCAGUUGGACCCGAAGUCGCUUAGUUGUAGUCGUCGUUACAGACGUGUUGAUUGUCGAAAAGGUAGGGGCAUCAAAUGUUGAAGUCCAAUAUGCAAUGCAGCCUAUCUAA